AGAAAAUACGGGACCAGGAAAUAAAACAUAAAUAUAAAGAAUAACGAAAGUGCGAGCAACAAUUGAACGAUAGUGGAACGCUAGCGGAAUUAUGAACGAAUUGGCUUGAAAGCCGCGGCAAACUUUAAGAGAGAGUUAAAGAGUGAAAACUGAGGGAAAACGGAGCUCAACCAUGAACAGCGAUGAGGUGCAAUUGAUCAAAAAGACCUGGGAGAUUCCCGUGGCAACACCCACAGAUUCUGGAGCGGCGAUACUGACGCAGUUCUUCAACCUCUAUCCGUCCAACUUGGAGAAGUUCUCCUUCCGAGAUGUGCCCAUGGAGGAGCUGCCCGGAAAUGCACGCUUUAGGGCGCAUGCUGGCAGGAUCAUCCGAGUGUUUGAUGAGUCCAUCCAGGUUCUUGGGCAGGAUGGCGAUCUGGAGAAACUGGACGAGAUCUGGACCAAGAUUGCCGUCAGUCACAUACCCCGGACCAUUUCCAAGGAGUCGUACAAUCAACUGAAAGGCGUGAUCCUGGAUGUCUUGACCGCGGCCUGCAGUCUGGACGAGAGCCAAGCGGCCACGUGGGCCAAGCUGGUGGACCAUGUCUACGGCAUCAUCUUCAAGGCGAUCGACGACGACGGCAAUGCUAAGUAGAGCAGGCACCUACAGCAGAUGCUACUGAUGCCGGCGGUGGCACAUGCAACACAUGCACAGCUUAUGUAGUUCUAAGUAAUUGAUAAAUGUUAGCUAUUCUCGUUUUGUAAUAAUGAAUGCGAAUGUCCAAAAACCAAAAGCCUAGAAAACAACAAACACCCGAAACGUAUGUCUACGUAGAGCUAUUUCUCUCACACACAACAAAACACAACACAACACACACGCCCACACCCGCACUUGCAUUGCUCUGUAAAGCUUUAACCCAUUGUCAGCCUUAAGCACUUGAUAACAAAAGGAAUAAAUGAAAUCAGCAAGAGAAAUAUAAAACCAACUAAUAAAUACAAAUCAUUUAUAAA